AUGGGCCGCGACAACGACCUCCAAGGUAAAGUCUUUGCCAUCAGCGGCGGAGCAAGCGGCAUCGGACUCGCCUGUGCCCAGAUCCUCAUCGGUCGAGGAGCAAGCAUAGGAAUUGGAGAUAUCGAUGAUGAGGCCAUAGCGUCCGCAUCAAAGAUCCUUGAACCCGCCGAACGAGUGUCGUUUUCGAAAUUGGAUGUUAGUAAACGAGAAUCCGUACACUCCUGGAUUGAGGGAGUUGUGCAGAGAUUUGGAAAGUUGUCUGGAGCAGCGAAUUGUGCGGGUGUUAUUGGGAAGCAUCAUGGGACGAGGAGAGUGGAGGAGUUGGAGGAUGACCAGUGGGAUUUGAUCAUGGGUGUUAAUCUUACGGGAAUGAURUACUGCUUGCGAGCACAGCUUCAACAUAUGCCUUUGGGGCCUGGCAGCAUUGUAUGCGUGAGCUCUGUGCAAGGAACAAUGGGGUUCGCAAAACAUGCUGCAUACGCCGCGAGUAAACACGGCGUCAUUGGCCUAGUUCGAAGUGCCGCAAAAGAAGUAGGCGAGAGAGCGAUUCGAGUGAAUGCUGUAACGCCAGGCAGCAUCCAAACACCACUAAUGGACAAGCGAAAUGCUCUCGAAGGCGUCGACAUGAGCGUCCAGCCUACUCCUAUCAAUAGAAUCGGCACGUCCGAAGAAUGCGGCAAUCUGAUCGCAUGGCUUUUGAGCGACGAGUCCACCUUUGUGACCGGCGCAACAUAUGCAGUCGAUGGAGGAUGGGCUUGUUGA